AUAUAAUAAUAAAAUUCAUUAUCUUUGCCUUUCCUUUUCUUUAUAUCUCUCCUUUCCUUCAUUUGUUGAGAAACUCAAAAGCUCUAUCCACCUUCUUCCUCACUUUAUCAUCUUCUUCUUUCUUUCUUUCUUUCUUAGUUGCCACUCUCUAAACCCACCAUUCCUUCCAACUUCUUCUGAUUACUCUCUCUCACCAAACUUUCUCUCUCUAAAAACCUAUCAACAUUGGAGUGACAAACACAUAACUAAACCAAAACCCCCAUUUUCUUUUUACAGAACAAAAGGAGAAAACUCCAUUGUUGUUUCUCUCUGAUUUCUUCAUGGGUUGUUCUGCUUCAAAGCCUGUUGCUGCCACCGCGGCCACCCGUUCCACUCCAAAUUCUGAACCUUUCUACUCUCCUUCUUCUGCUGGUUCUUCUCCUGCGUUAGGCCGAGCUUUCUCCCUCCCGACACCCCUCGUUCACCACCCACCAGUGAACAAGGGCGAUACCCACCAUCUUGUUUCUCUCACUUCCACAACUUAUGGGUCUCUUCUUCUUAUUGACCGUCCCACCAAUUCCAAUCGGUCACCGGCUCCGCCUUUCCAUGUCAAUGCUGAAAAGCCCAUCUAUUUCUCCGACCAGAUUUCUCUCUCCCCUGAUUCUGUAAUUAACACCUGGGAGCUCAUGGAUGGCCUCGAUGACGACUCCGAUUCUGAUCACAAUUCGCUUCCGGCCAAACCCACAUCGGAUAACGGGUUUAAAGGUUUAGUAAAGACAAUUCCUGGGAAAAUAGAGGAAGAAGUCGGUUUGAUUCCGACAUGGUCGCCGAAGAAACCACUUUGGAAGCACAUUUCAGAGGAGUCUCUUCUGGCAAAAUUAGACCCAAAUGUGGCUUCAACAUACACCAGAGCUCUCUCUUCACGACAACUCAACUCUGAUCAGGCCACCACCCGCCGGAGUUCAUCGUUUUCAAGUCACUGGCAGCCAAAUUUCGGAGACACCAAAAACAGAGCAAUAGUGAUCUACUUCACAAGCCUUCGAGGAAUCCGAAAGACGUAUGAGGAUUGCUGUUUUGUUCGAACAAUCUUCAGAGGAUUCAGAGUUUUGGUAGACGAGAGGGAUAUUUCAAUGGAUUCAUUGUUCAGAAAAGAGAUGCAAGAGAAGCUCGGAGGAGGGACGGCGUCGGCGAGUCUACCACAGGUUUUCAUGGGGGGGAAGCACAUUGGUGGGGCAGAGGAGAUACGGCAAAUGAAUGAGAGCGGGGAGUUGGCCGGAAUGUUAAAAGGGUUUCCGGCGGCGGAGGUGAGGUCAGUGUGUGGAAGAUGUGGGGAUGCUAGGUUUGUACCUUGUGUUAAUUGUAAUGGAAGUAGGAAGUUGUUUGGGGAAGAUGGAGGGCUGAGGAGAUGCCCUAAGUGCAAUGAGAAUGGAUUGAUAAGAUGCCCAUUUUGUUGUUGUUUAUGAGUUUUGGAUUUUAUGGAACACUAAUUUGUUCAAAUCGUCUUUUAAUGUUAUACUUACCUUCUUGUUACUUCAUAA